AUGUCUUCCAGUCAAUUCCCAACAACCACAAUACUUGGUAUACGUCACUUCUAUCAAGAUGCUCCAUGGAAUAAUACACUUGUACGUGUACAAAUACUCGGCAUCUAUCGCUACUUGGUCGAUCCAGUACUAAAAGAACAAUUAGGAUGGCCAUUUACAGACACGCGAGACGUCUUUGAUGUGGUAUUGAGUGAUGGUCAAUACAAGGUAAAAGCAGUCUUGAGUCCUACUUGUUAUCAUCUUGUGUGGACACGAAAACUCGGUGUUUUUAGUAUGAUUCAGGUGACGAACUAUAAAGUAUUGAAAGACACGAAUACGAAACAGAAGCGACGAAUUCUUGUGCUUGAGGAAGUUACAGUAACAUCAUCCAAUAAUGAAGGAAAGCAGUCUCCGACCAAAUUUAGUGCUCGACGGAAUGAGUCUCUUUGCAAUGGCAACAAACUAGAAUUUAUAUCGACAGUUCAUCCACGAGAAACCGAUCUACUACCUUUGAUUGGACAGCGUGUGUACUAUUGCCCACUCUGGUCAGAUGAUUAUACGCUAGAUUGGGCGUGCAGUUUUACUGCUGGUGUUCCAGAAGAGGAUUCGCCUCUGGAUGAGCUGAUAAACAACUUUGCUAGUCGAUAUAGUGAUGAUCCCGAUACUACCGAGGGUUGCAAUGAUACGCAGGAGGCUGUAUCUAGCUCGGUCGUUGCGUGGAGUGUUAACCCUGAAUACUGUUUGGACCUAUUCACGCCUGAGUACAAGAAAGUUUUUGAAAUUUUGGAAGCAGUCAAACUGAUUAUGCAAGAUGAACAGAAGGGAUCUUGCAACUUAUAUCCACCCAUGCUUGGAGCUAUUCGGGUCAAGUCUAAGCUGAUGAACAUGGGGGAUCCAGACAUUGCGAAUCCAUUUCCAUUCGCUUUCAACGCAGUAGUCGUGGAUGCAAAUGGGGCGUUUGAGGUGAUGUUCUUUGGCUCCGUGUGCGCAAAGUAUUUUUUGUCCAUACAGGAAGGUGAUCUCAUCCAAUUUCGAGGUUAUUCGACCAUCAGUCCUCAAAAGCUUCAAUGGACGAAGACAACUAGUCCAUUGCUAUAUUAUGAACAUGGAUCAUCUGGAAGUGCCCUUCAUGUGCCGCAGAAAUACUGGAAGCUCUUAGAAAUGACUACGAUGGGACCACAUUUAAUCAGCGACGACAUUAUUGUAUCAAAGCCGCGAGCUAGUCCAUGCAAGCUACCCCAGUUGCGCCCGUCAUGGCUUGAGUGCAGCUUCGUGACAACCUUAAACACUCUGUACUGGGGUAAGAACACGGUAAACAGUCUAGACAUGAUGUACUUUGACUUUGUUGGCGUGUUAUCGUAUGUCGGGAAGAUCUGCCGCAGCAAGCGCAAACUGAGCGAGGAAGGUUCCGAAAUGACUAUGUAUCGGUGGGUGAAAAUGAUUGAUAGCAGUUCAUCGCAUGAACUGGUUAUCAGGCUCAGCGAAUGUUCUCAGCCGACUGCCUUUCGGUCUCUUGAAGCGGGUGAAACCUUGAUGGUAACAAAGCUUCAGUGGACUAUGCUACCUGAGGCUGGCAUAAGCGGCGAGCGCAUCCAGUAUGCAACGACUAGCGUGUUUUCCAUUUUUCGCAUGAACGAAGAUGUGAUCCCGUUCCAUUCUAUUGAAGAGUGCAAUCUGAACAUGCACUUUGCGGAAAGUGUCAGAAAAUACGCUAGGUAUGUCUCAUGUAAAGCCACUGGAGAGAGCAAGUUGACCGCGUACAUGGAAACGAACUAUCAUCCACGGAAUCGUUUGCCAACGGAUGUUAACGCGUUUAAGAAAGCGUUCGAUUUGAAGGUGUACUCGUUCAGCGAUCUUAAGGUGUUACUGCAGCACAUGGAAGCCUACGAGUAUCAGCAUGUCGGCUUUAUUGGUCAGGUGAGCGCUAUACGCAGCGAUAACGACUCGACAAAAGGUGGACGUUCAGUUUUGCUGGAGCUUAACGAAAGCAAGAACAUUGAUCAAACAUUAGCCGUGGCAGUGACCAUCAAUGAACUAUACCAGACGACAUGCAUGAAAGGAAAUGUGGAAAAGGUGACCCCACUCGAGUUGCUUCCCUUGGUGCGGAUUUUGCCAUCUGCAAUCGUUGACGAUGUGUACGUUAAAGCCGUUGAAGAGAGACCAGCGCGAUCCACGCGCCCCACAAGUCCGGGGUUAUCGCUAUCACUGAUCGAAGAGUACCUGAUUAGCUCUAAACGUGACUACUUCUUCUCGUUGCAGCUCUAUCACGAUGGGAUAGGUCGCAUUACUUGGGAAGUCGAUGCAAUUCUUGCCAUGCCAUGA